AUGGCCCCUGCACGUGGCUGGCUGCUGGGCCUGGCUCUGGCUUUCCUCCUUCUGGGGUCCCAGGCUGCUCCAUCCCUAUCCGGUGAGGAGCAAAAGCUGGUCCGGACCACCAGGGUCAGACGACAGGCCCCUCCAGGUGGCCCCACCAGCCCACUUAACAACCAGACAAUCAAGGAGCAGCCCAUGGUCUUCAACCAUGUGUACAACAUCAAUGUUCCCCUGGAGUCUCUGUGCUCUGUGGAUCUUGAAUCAGCAGCACCUCCACCCAGUCAGGCCUCCAGGGGAGCAAUGUCCAGUGGGGGUGGGGAGGACCCCACAGAGUUCACAGAGCAGACAGUGGACACAGACAGCCAGGUCACCUUCACCCACCGCAUCAACAUCCCCAAACAGGCCUGCGCCUGUCCCGCAGCCAACACCAUGCAGCAGCUGGCCACCCGCAUCGAGAUGCUGGAGAGAGAGGUGUCGCUGCUCAGAGUCCAGUGCAGCUCUGGCAACUGUGGCUGUGAGGAGAGUUCAGCCAUGGGUCGCCUGGACUUCAUCCCCCAGUGCAGUGGCCACGGCAGCUUCAACAUGGACCUGUGUGGCUGUGUGUGUGAGUACGGCUGGACGGGCAAGAACUGCUCUGAGCCUCGCUGCCCAGACGACUGCUCCGGACAGGGAGAGUGUAUGGAGGGCGAGUGUGUCUGUGACCGCGACUUCGGAGGGGACAACUGCUCGGAGCCCCGCUGCCCGGCGGACUGCUCCGGUCGAGGGCUGUGCAUGGACGGGGAGUGUAUAUGUGAGGAGAAUUUCACUGGAGAGGACUGUACGCUUGGUCGCUGCCUCAAUGACUGCUCUGACCAGGGCCUGUGCACCAAUGGGACCUGCCAGUGUCGCCCGGGAUACGUGGGAGAAGACUGCUCCUUGGCCUACUGCGCCAACAACUGCAGUCAGAAGGGCAUCUGUAAGGAGGGCUUCUGUGCCUGCCAAGAGGGCUUUGCUGGAGACGACUGCUCUUUAGUGGCUCCGGAUCUGAACCUGCGUGUGCGGGGAGUGACAGAGCGUACCAUUGACCUGGAGUGGGAGGGGUUGGUGUUGAUGACAGACUACCUAGUCACCUACGUGGCCACCAGCCCAGGUGGGGUCCAGCUGGAGAUCAGGGUCCCUGGGAACAUCACCAACUGCAGUAUUCCAGACCUGGAGCCUGGCAUCGAGUACAACAUUAACGUCUACGCUGUGCUCAACAACGUCAUCAGUGUUCCUGCCAAUGCUCAGGUAUCAACCUAUCUCUCAAAUCCAGACGGUUUAGUCUUCAAAUCCAUCACAGAGACAUCCGUGGAGGUGCAGUGGCAACCAUUCUACUACUCGUUUGAUGGCUGGGAAAUAAGCUUCAUUCCAAAGGACAAUGAUGGAGGGAUGACAGCCCAGCUGCCCAGCACCAUUACUUCAUUCCACCAGACAGGCCUGAGACCAGGGGAGGAGUACACCGUCAACCUGGUAGCUCUCAGGGACCAGGGCCGCAGCCAGCCCGUAUCCGCCAUCGUCACCACAUUGAUUGAUGGGCCGACUCAGCUGAUAGUGCGUGACGUCUCGGACACGGUGGCCUUCGUGGAGUGGACCAAUCCCAAGGCUAAGAUCGACCAGAUAGUACUGCGUUAUGGUCUGGUGGGGGGGGACGGGCCUAAGACCACCUUCCGUCUGCAGCCCACACUCAGCCAGUACUCCCUGCAGGUGCUGAGACCAGGCUCGCGUUACGAGGUGUCCAUCAGUGGUGUUCGCAAGGGCAAUGAGAGUGGAACCAUCUCCACAGAAUUCAGUACCGAGAUCGACGCACCCAAGAACCUGCAGGUGCUGUCCAAGGCCUCCACCACCCUGGAGCUGGAGUGGGACAACAGCGAGGCGGAAGUAGAGGGGUACCAGGUGGUCUACAGCACCCUGGCAGGGGACCGGUACGAGAAGGUCAUCGUUCCACGCAACGAUGGACCCACCAGCAGAACCACACUCACAGACUUGUUGCCAGGUACAGAGUAUGGCAUUGGUAUUUCGGCCAUGCUUGGCACCAACCAGAGUUCUCCUGCCACAAUGAAUGCCAGAACUGGUCUAGAUGUCCCCAUGGACCUGACUGUGACGGCGUCCACAGACAACACCAUCACCCUGCUGUGGGGGGUGGUCCAGGGGCCUAUCGACCACUACAUGGUCACCUACACCUCCUCAUCUGGGCUGACCAUGGAGGUUACUGUCCCCAAGGACGUGACCACCACCACUCUCAAUGACCUGGAGCCAGGCACAGAAUACACCAUCACUGUAGCUGCCCAGAGAGGCAGGCAGCAGAGCACUGCAGCCACCAUCGAUGCCUUCACAGGCUUCAGCCCUGUCAUUGCGCUUUACUUGUCUGACAUCACGUGGGACUCGGUGACGGUGGCAUGGAGCGCCCCGGCCCCACCCGCAGACCUUUACAUCCUCAGCUACAGCUCUGAGGAUGGCACUGACACCUCCAAGGUCACCCUGGACGGAUCCAAGACCCGGUCCUCUGUGGAGGGUCUCCUGCCCUCCACACAGUACACAGUCAGCCUUAUCACCAUACAGGGAGAGGUGACGUCUGAAGCUGUCACAGCCACGCUCACCACAGGAAUGGACCCACCUAAAGAGAUGACUGUGUCAUAUGUCACUGAAGACUCUGUCAUCAUAUCAUGGUUGAGACCUUUUGCCGCCUUUGACUAUUACAAGAUGUCCUACCAAUCAGCAAGAGGGCGAGUGGACAGCAUCGUGAUUGACAACGACGUGACCAACUACACCCUGUCCAGCCUCCACCCGGCAACAGAGUAUGAGAUCAACCUGAACGCCGUGAGGGGAAGCCAGGAAAGCAAGUCCAUCACCACCAGUGUCUUCACAGCGAUGGACAUGCCAAUGGAACUGACAGCCCUCAAUAUUACCCCACAAGGAGCGUUAUUGCAGUGGAACCCUCCUCUGUCCAGCGUUGACAACUACGUGCUCACCCUCACCUGCAAUCAGGUGACAGCUGACACCUUCCUGGUGGAGGGUGGGAAACAGGAGCACCAGCUCACUAAGCUCUUGCCCAGCACCACCUACUCUGUAGCCCUCUACGCCACCAAGGGACCCCUGACCAGUGGAACGGUCAUCGCCAACUUUGCAACACCCAUGGACGCUCCUUUGAACCUGACGGCCAGCGAGGUGAACCACCGCAGUGCCCUCAUCUCCUGGCAACCGCCCAUCGCAGACAUCGACAACUACAUGCUUACAUACAAAUCAGCUGAUGGCAGCAGAAAGGAGCUGAUCCUGGAUGCAGAAGACACGUGGAUCCGUCUGGAGGGCCUGGCAGAGACCACAGAAUACACUGUGAGGUUGCAGGCUGCCAGGGGAUUAGAGACCAGCGAUAUUAUCUCUACGGCCUUCACAACAGGAAACCGUCUGUUUGCCACCCCUCAGAACUGUGCCCAGCAUCUGCUGAACGGGGAGUCCCUGAGCGGCGUCUACACCAUCUACAUCAACAGAGACGCCAAUCAGGGAGUGCAGGUCUACUGUGAUAUGACCACAGACGACGGAGGCUGGAUCGUGUUCCAACGUCGUCAGAAUGGCCUUACCGACUUCUCCAGGAAGUGGAGUGACUACAGGGUUGGCUUUGGGAACCUAGAGGAUGAAUUUUGGCUCGGUUUGGACAACAUACAGAAGCUUGCAGCCCAAGGUCGCUACGAGCUCCGGAUCGACAUGAAGGAUGGCCAGGAGUCUGUCUAUGCCAACUAUGACAAGUUCGCCAUCGGAGAUGCCAGGAAUUUUUACAAACUCAGGAUAGGAGAGUAUAAUGGCACAGCUGGGGACGCACUGAUCUAUCACCAAGGCCGUCCCUUCUCCACCAAGGACAGAGACAAUGACAUUGCUGUGACCAACUGUGCUCUGUCCUACAAAGGAGCCUGGUGGUACAAAAACUGCCAUCGGGCCAACCUAAAUGGAAAAUAUGGCGAGUCGAGACACAGUCAGGGUAUCAACUGGCAUAACUGGAAGGGUCAUGAGUUCUCUAUCCCAUUCGUGGAGAUGAAGAUGAGGCCAUUUAACUACCGCAGCAUCAGUGGCAAGCGAAGGAGGUCCACUCCUCCAGAAUAA